CUCGCUGUUUCCAUCCGGGGUCAGGACGGUCUUCCGGGUGUUUCCGAAGGGGCUUUCUACGCCGCUUUUUUCGGCGACUUUUUGGUCUUCCGUAUCUUGCCCCCUAGCUCCCACACCCUUUUUGGCCCUGCCUUUUCUUGGGUCGCUUCUCCCCGACCGCCGAGCCCGGAAUUUAGAUCGCAAUCCGGAUCCGCAGCCGGGCCUAGCCACCCCACGCGGGCCACUACUGGCUCGGGCGGAAAGCUGCGACCGAGCGCGCCGGGCCGUCGCUGCUCCUGCCGUGAGGCUCCUGGACGGGCGGUGCCCGUAGAACGCUUUCUAGGACCGAACGAAGAAGAUUGUCUUGGGACCCUGCAUGGUGUUUGAAAGGGUGGUGAGGAACUAAGGUAGAAGAAUACAUGUUCACUUUUCGUGAACAAGAGCAUGUUCCCAAACUCAAUUUUGGGUCGCCCGCCUUUUACUCCAAACCAUCAACAACAUAAUACCUUCUUCACCCUGUCACCAAGUCCUUAUUCACACCAGCAGCUUAUAGAUGCACAGUUCAACUUUCAAAAUACAGACUUGUCUAGAGCUGUGUCAUUACAGCAGUUGACAUAUGGAAAUGUCAGUCCAAUACAGACCUCAGCUUCCCCAUUAUUUCGAGGGAGGAAGAGAUUAAGCGAUGAAAAGAAUCUUCCUCUUGAUGGUAAACGGCAGCGUUUCCAUUCACCCCACCAAGAGCCAACUGUAGUUAACCACAUAGUGCCUUUAUCAGGUGAAAGAAGAUACUCAAUGCCGCCAUUGUUUCAUACACACUAUGUACCAGACACAGUCAGAUGUGUUCCACAUUUUCGAGAAAUACCAUUUAUAGAACCUAGAGAAAUUACACUGCCUGAGGCCAAAGAUAAGUUGAGUCAGCAGAUAGUGGAGUUAUUUGAAGCAUGUCAGCAGCAAGUAAGUGAUUUAAAGAAGAAAGAACUUUGUCGAACAGAGCUGCAGAGAGAAAUUCAACUGUUAUUUCCACAAAGCAAACUUUUUUUAGUUGGGUCCUCUUUAAAUGGAUUUGGUACUCGGACCAGUGAUGGUGAUUUAUGUCUAGUUGUUAAAGAGGAACCAUGUUUUUUUCAGGUAAAUCAGAAGACUGAAGCACGGCAUAUACUCACCUUAGUCCAUAAACACUUCUGUACUAGACUUUCUGGUUACAUUGAAAGACCUCAGCUGAUUCGCGCGAAAGUGCCAAUUGUGAAGUUCAGGGAUAAAGUGAGUUGUGUGGAGUUUGACUUGAAUGUAAACAAUAUUGUUGGAAUAAGAAACACAUUCCUUCUCAGAACUUAUGCAUACCUUGAAAAUCGAGUUCGUCCGUUAGUACUGGUGAUUAAGAAGUGGGCGAGUCACCAUGAGAUAAAUGAUGCCAGUCGUGGUACUUUAAGCAGCUAUAGUCUUGUAUUGAUGGUUUUGCACUAUUUACAGACCCUACCUGAACCUAUCCUUCCAUCCAUCCAAAAAAUGUACCCCGAAUCUUUUAGUCCUGCCCUACAGCUGCACCUCGUACAUCAAGCUCCAUAUAAUGUUCCUCCUUACCUCUCAAAGAACGAAUCAAAUCUUGGGGACCUCUUAUUGGGCUUUCUUAAAUAUUAUGCUACAGAAUUUGACUGGAACAGUCAAAUGAUUUCGGUUCGUGAAGCCAAAGCCAUUCCCAGGCCUGAUGGUAUUGAAUGGAGAAAUAAAUUCAUCUGUGUAGAAGAACCUUUUGAUGGAACAAAUACAGCCAGAGCUGUGCAUGAAAAGCAGAAGUUUGAUGUGAUCAAGGAUCAAUUUUUAAAGUCAUGGCACCGAUUGAAAAACAAACGGGAUUUGAACAGUAUACUACCUUUAAGAGCUGCUAUCCUGAAAAGAUAACUGGCCUCUAUUUCUUAAUAAAGAACAGUAGUAACAUCAUAA